AUGGGGCUAAUCCUGCAAGUCAUAUCUAUAAGGGUAGUGAAUACGCCACAGGGCAACAGAGACCUGAGCAGAGAGAGAUCAUUAGGGAAACUACCAAAUCUGCCAUUUUGGGCGCGGUUUACACCAAACCAUUGUCACUCAGCAGUAGCGCGCGCUCACAGGGUGGACACACAUGGCUCGUGUUGUUGUUACUCCUGCGAUCCACGUGAGCACGAAGCGGCGCUUCCUACUGGCUCGCGUGGGAGAAGAGAAAAGGAGGCUGUGUGGAGACCUUGCACAGUGAAGCCGAGGUACGGGAAAGUGAAGACACCCAGCCCUGGUUGUCACCCACAGGAAGACGUUUUUACGCGGAUUGAAGGAGAGGAAUCCCUCCCCAUGCCCGAGGGUCGCGUGUUUCCUGUGUGGCGUGGGAUUGGGGCCAGUAGUGGCAUUGGGUGGAGCCAGGGCUGGGCACGCUGCUUGAAAUGGGACCCGAACAGAACAGACCUAGCGGUGUUCAGGGAGGACGGCAUCAUCUCUGGAUACCGUCACCCAAGGAGCUCAGCACUGGACUGUAUCCUCAGCAGCUUCCAAAUGAACAACGAGACGAUCAACAUCUGGACCCACUUCCUCCCAACAUGGUACUUUCUGUGGCGUUUCUGCGUUCUCUGCUCUACCCUGAACUUCCUGACUGACAGCUACACCUGGCCGCUGCUGGUGUACAUGAUGCUCAUCUGCGUUUACCCCUUCACGUCCAGCUGUGCACACACCUUCAGCACCAUGUCCGCAGAGUCCCGCCACAUCUGCUACUUCUUUGACUACGGAGCUCUCAGCCUCUACAGCUUAGGAUGUGCCAUAAGCUACGGAUACUACGUCAUGCCAGAGUGUUGGGUGAACACUUGGCUUCAUCAGCAUUUUGUUCCCAUUGCCAUCGGGAACACGGUGUUCUGCACCAGCCUGUCCUGCUAUUCCAGGUUCCUGGAGUUGCAGUGCCCAAAGAGAAGUAAAGCCCUUCGGACCAUAGCAUUUGUCGUCCCGUUUAUUUUUGACACCGUCCCUCUGAUUUACAGGGUAAGUCACGUUAAAGGAGACCGAAAAGUGAAGUGAAGGUGCUCACUCUCUCAGCUCA